AUGCCCCCGACGCUGCUCCUCCCCGCCGCCGCCGCCGCCGCCGCCGUUUCUCUAGCAGUCUACAUCCUCGGCCGCUUCGUCAGAUCGUACUUUUCCCCCGCCCGCGACAUCCCCGGCCCGCCCAACCCGAGCCUGCUAUGGGGCCACCUCCGGGAAAUCGUCAAGGCUGAAAACUCGGUCCUGCACGAGCAGUGGCUGGAGGAAUAUGGCCCUGUUGUUAGGUAUACGGGCAUGUUCAACGAUAACCGGAUCGUCACCAUGGACCCGAGAGCGCUCCACCACGUCCUCAACGACCCCGCCUACGAAAAGCCGUCGCAGGCCCAGCGGAACCUUGCCGCUAUUGUCGGAGAGGGUCUUCUCGUAGUCGAGGGCGAGGAGCACAGAAAGCAGAGACGCGUCAUGAACCCCGCCUUCGGGCCCACCCAAAUCCGCGAAAUGACCGACAUCUUUGUCGAAAAGUCUCUCCAGCUCCGCGACAUCUGGAUGUCCGAAAUCUCGAAAUCCUCCGACUCCGAGCAAGCCAAAGUCGACGCCGUCUCCUGGCUCAGCAAGCUCACCCUCGACGUCAUCGGGCUCGCCGGCUUCAACUACCGCUUCGACGCGCUCAACCCCGCCGGCGCCCCGAACGAGCUCAACCAGGCCUUCUCCGUCAUCUUCCAGGCCGGCACCGAGUUCAGCUUUUUCAACGUCGUCCAGGGCUUUCUGCAGGGGUACUUUCCCGUCCUGCAGCACCUCCCGACCGCGCGCAACCGCCGCACCGCGCACGCAAAGGCCGCCAUGACGCGCAUCGGGCGGCAGCUCCUCGCGGAGAAAAAGGCCGCCGUCCUCGCGGAGAUACGAGGAGAGAAGGGCAAGGUGGGCAGGGACAGCGUGCAGGGGCGCGACCUCCUCUCCCUCCUCGUGCGCGCGAACAUGGCGACGGACCUCCCCGAGUCGCAGCGCAUGCGCGACGAGGACGUGCUCGCGCAGGUCCCGACGUUCCUCGUCGCCGGCCACGAGACCACGAGCACCUCCACCACCUGGUGCCUCUACGCGCUCGCGCUCGCGCCCGCCGUCCAGGCGAGGCUCCGCGCGGAGCUCCUCGGCGUGCCCACCGACGCGCCGAGCAUGGACGACCUCAUGGCGCUGCCCUACCUCGACGCGGUGUGCCGCGAGACCCUCAGGGUGCACGCGCCCGUGCCGAGCACGGUGCGCGUCGCGACGAGGGAGGACGUGAUACCCACGGCGGGGCGGUGGGUGGACCGCAGGGGCGUGGAGAGGGAGGGGAUCAGGGUCGCCAAGGGCGACGUCGUGUUCGUGCCCAUCCUCGCGCUCAACCGCGCCAGGUCCAUAUGGGGCGACGACGCGCACGAGUUCAGGCCGGAGCGCUGGGAGCGCCUCCCCGAGCAGGCGGGCAAGGUCCCCGGCGUGUGGGGCAACCUGCUCACCUUCCUCGGCGGCGCGCACGCGUGCAUCGGGUACCGCUUCUCCGUCGUCGAGAUGAAGGCGAUCCUGUUCACGCUCGUGCGCGCGUUCGAGUUCGAGCUCGCGGUGCCGAAGGAGAAGAUCGUGAAGCGCUCGGUGAUCGUCACGCGCCCCGUCGACACGUCCGACGGCGAGGGGAAGAAUCGGCUCCCGCUCAUUGUGAGGCCGUACAGGCGGUAGGGGUCUGUGUCUGGAUGCAUGGGCAGGGAAUUGUGGGAGGGUAACUUUGGUUUAUCUUAUUUCACCCAUUGAUCGUAUCGGGUGGAAUGCUUAUGUGGAGAUGAAAGACAAGGGACUUGGAUAGCACUCUGAGGUUGUACGCCUGGGUCGUAGUACUGUACGAAUAUCAAGUUCGAUACCUG